AUAAAUAACGGCCCUAACUGUUGUUUCAGACAUAGCAGUUUCUGUAUUUACAACAUGAAGUUCUUUGCGCUUUUAGCUUUCGUCCUGGCCUUAUUUACUAUGGCUUUCGCCAAUCCUGAGCCUCUGCCCGGUGGUGGCGGCGGCGGCGGUGGCGGUGGUGGUUUCGAGCAAGAGCUCGGCGGUGGUGGCGGCGGCGGUGGCGGUGGCGGUUUCGAGCAAGAGCUCGGUGGUGGUGGCGGCGGCGGUGGCGGCGGCGGCAAGUAAAUCAGCACUGUCAUCUGUAGCUUAGUCUAACAAAUCGCUAAUUGGUUAUUCCUGUUUGGUCUAUGGAUUUUGAACAAAUUAUUAUAUUAAUAAAAGUAGUUUGAAGAAGAAAAAAACAA